AUGCCAGUCGAGCUUGCGCCUCCUCCCCUGUACUCCCAGUUGCAGGAAGAGCCUUCAGAUGGCAGACGUGAUACGGAGACGCCAGGCGUGCAGAUUCUCAUUGUACCCGCUGCAGACGGCACAACUUUCCAGAAGGGCUGUCUUGGUGCGGAGGGAGAGCAUGCGGCCAUAGAGGGUGAGGUCCAUCUCAAGGGUGCUCGACCAGGAUUAUGGAAGAAAGUGUCCAUCACUUUGUGCACGACGGAGUCCGCCUGUGGACGACAGAUCGAGCUAGGAUCGUCCGAGGUCGACCUGUUAUCACAGAUGCCAAUCUCUGAAACCAUCCCAACCUCGUUACCCUUUGCCAUACCGCUGAUGCCUGAUCAACGUUGCACCCUAUCGAUUCUACAGCUUCCGAUCGUAUCGAAGGACGCUGUUGUCCAUGUCAGACGCUAUACCUCCCACACGCACACUGUACAGACAUUGCCCGAGACUCAUGUCUUGACUGCACCCAUGCGGGUCGAGGUCGAGAUACCUCGAUCCACUUUCGUGGUUGGCGAACCUAUCCCGGUGUACAUCACAGUGCCACCUCCAGACUGGGAACGUAUUUUAGAUGGUGGUCUCAGGCUCCGCAAUGUCAAAGCGGAACUCGUAAAAAUUGUCGAGACGAACAAUGGGGAUGGCAGUCAUGACACUUCAAUUCCGGUCUUUGUAGACCCGACAGGCGAAGUUACCUCUUCCCCACAGGAUCUGUCGGAGGGACCGUCGUCUGCGGCGUGUCCACCACCAGAGAAGCUAAGCAAUGCUUCAUUACUUGCUCCCCCAAUCUCCGAAAGCUCUGCCUCGUGUCACACCACUGUACUUUCCCGUUCCGGGGCGUCUUGCAGGUUUCACAAUACGAAAGCCGUUCGAUUACGCUUGAUUCUGUAUCAACCGUUACCCCCAUCGUCCCCAUCGGACCAGCCGCCACCGUCCGUACCUUCGGGCUAUGGAUGUUUGGAGUCCGAUGUCCAGUGUGUCUCAAUCACUCAAGCUACCCUCUUGCAUAAUGUCUCGUUUCGGCUCAAGGUACUGGUGUCGGUCGUUGACAUCAAUAAUAGGACCGAACGGUCCUUCGUACUGUCCAUUCCCAUUGUCAUUAUCCCUUCACCAGCUCCACUUCCCGAGGUUGAAGAGUGGGUAGACAUCGCGUAUCAGAAGAAACACGACCGCCCACCAGUCAGGACGGUGCGGCAAGAAGACACCGAGUUGUCUGUGCCAGUGUAUCAGGAAGGGACGGCCGGGCCCAGCUAUUUGCAAAGCGGAGAGCCUCCGCCGUUCGAAGAUCGAGACGUUCCCCCUCCUCCGUUCUUUGCUUCUGUGCCCUCCACUUCAACCCAUCUACCUACGUUCCAAGAGUCGGAAAACGAAGCGUUCAUUCCCACGGAUACAGAGGAGCAUUUCACCCACGCACCUGAGCCGAGGAUUAUCAUUGGAGAGGGCGUUCUCUUUGGGUUUUCAGCUUCUCAGCAAUUCGAUGGACACUCCGACGUGAUCCAUCCAACAUCGACACCGCCGCCUACAGUUGAGGAGGCAGCGCAAGACCCAGACGUUACUAGUCUCAUUGACAUGGUUCAGCCUCGCCGAGCGUUAGGUUUAAUGCUUGAACAACCAGAUGACUCGGCUAGGGAUUGUGGUUUAACCCCGCCGCCACCACCACCAUUGAUGGAUGAUCCGUCUGAUCCCCCUCCGUCCAUUGACUCUGAGUUCAGGUCCCUUACGACUCACGGAACCAUUCAGGUGCAUUCAUCAACUUCAAUUGCUCAUCAUCCAUUCUCCCAGUUGCACGGACAUGAUGAUUCAUUAUCACAAUCACGAGAACUCUUGCACCAGACAUCACCGGACACGCACGCGCCGCCUCCUUACCUUACGGCGAAUGAUCACGAACAAGCUGCAACUCCUCCACCUUAUAUGGACUUCGUGCUUCCACGUAUCCGUUGA